GCCACGUUGACCGCGGUUGUCGCCAUUCGACAUGGGCCCGGCAGCUCCGGAUGCGUCCGCCAUCGGCGAUGUCAUCGAUGAUCUCCGUGAGUCCACGCCCUCGUUCCCUCUUAAUGGAAGCGAUGUUACGAUUCUGCAUUCUCCCACGGACUUCUACAACCAACUGCUGCAGAACAUUCAUCGCGCCAAGAAGCGCAUCUCGAUUUCGUCGUUGUACAUUGGGAACGACGCACUCAGUCGUCGGUUGGUGCAAGCGUUGCAAGAUGCGUGUCAAGACAAUCCAUCCCUUCAGGUUUCUAUCGUGUUGGACUACUCCCGUGGCCAGCGUGGUGGGCCAACGAGCUCUGUUGCCGUCCUGACACCGCUCCUUGCCACCUUUCCGUCAAAGGUAUCGUUGCAUCUGUACCGCGUACCCCAACUCGACCGAUGGGGUUUUUUGCCGCCGCCUUUUGAUGAAACGAUCGGAGUCUCCCAUACCAAAGUAUACCUCUGCGAUGAUACACUCAUCAUGAGCGGCGCCAACCUCAGCGGCGACUACUUCACUCAGCGCCAAGACCGAUACUUGCAGUUGUACAACGCCAACUUGGCCGAGUUUUACCACACCUUUGUCCAGAUUCUGACCAACCACGCUCACCACGUUCAACUCGUUCCAUGCACGACAGGGGCAACCUCGUCCAAGGCUUCUGUCGGCGCCAUGGCGACGAACAAAAUCGUGCCGCCAAAGACGACUCAUGCGGAUUUCGCUUCAGCCCUUCUCUCUCUACAAGACUAUCAGCCUACUACCCCUCGAUGGACCACCGACGCCAUGGCUAUCCCGACCAUCCAGUUUUCUCCACUCGAAAUUCUCCAUGACGAGGACACACUAUCCCAUGUCCUCCACCGAUUACCCAGUGCCAGUCGUAUCGGCAUCGCGUCUGGAUAUCUCAACUUUCCUCCGUUUCUUAUGCGAUUGCUGGCGGAACGAGCAUUUCACUUGGACGUGGUGACUGCCGCGCCUUCUGCGAACGGCUUCUUCAAUGGCAAUGGCAUCAAAGGAGCGUUGCCGAUGGCGUAUUCCCUCAUCGAAGGGGAAUUCUACCACCGAUUUGCCGACUCCCCACUUACAUUGCGUGAAUAUAACCGAGACGCAUGGACCUUUCAUGCCAAAGGCAUGUGGAUCCAACAUGACGACGAAGCGUUGACCGUGGUUGGCAGCUCCAACUUCGGUCAGCGAUCGUACGGACGCGACCUCGAGUCUCAGGUGUUUCUGUACUCGACAAAUUCGACGCUCCGGUCCCAGUUAAAAGACGAGUACACCCGCCUCACGAAGCACAGCGAGGCUGUGACCGAGUCGCUGUGGAAGAGGCCCGAGCGGAAGCUCCAAGGUCUGCUCAACUGGAAGUCUGGGCACUGGAUACGACCAGCCAUGAGGGCGGUCAAGUCCUUCUUGUAGCAUGCAGAACCCCCUCCUUCCCAUGCAUAUAGCGAUGUGUGUGCGCUUGCACGCGGAAUGUUGCACGGCCCUCUCCCAUCAUUCGUCGACAAGCCAGUGCCAACAGCGCAGGGAUGCCUUUCCCGCGCAUUCAAUAACCUUUGCAAAAUUAUAGCAUUUAUGCCAAACCCUUCGCGUUUCC